AUGAAGCUCGUCGCAGUCCUCGCCACCGUCCUCAGCGUCGUCUCCGCUGUCGCUAUCCCAGCUGAGCUCCAAGAACGCCAAUGUCUUAACAACGGAAUUGCUUGCACACUUCCUGGAGGCAAUGGGAGCUGCUGCUCGGGAAGCUGCCACGCCAUUUUAUGCGGAGACACAAAUACUACUUGUCAGCCCCCGGGAACAGCUUGCGUUACGCGUAAAGGCAACAAUUAG